GGGAUGGCCUGUAGAAGGUGUGGUCUCUGGGAAGCUCGAAGGUGACAAAGGACCUUGAGCAGGCCCCUUCAGCAAUGGCAGCGGAAGUUGGAGCGACAAAGCAGGUCUUAGACUCCAUGGACAAGCUCCAUGGUCCGUCGAAUUUUGUGAACUUUGCGGCCUAUUCGUGGAACAUAUUCCGCUACAUUGGAGACUACCUUCACCUGGGUGGGAUCGUCACCUUAUUGGUUACUAUUGCGAGAAACAAGUCAGUUGCUGGAAUAUCUAGGACUACCCAGAUUUUGUACUGCAUCGUGUUCAUCACCCGGUACUUGGACCUCUUGGACCACGCGCAGUCUUUCUAUUUGGUGUUCUUCAAGCUCACGUACAUCGCUACGUCGAUCGUUGUUCUUGCCCUCUUUUACAACUAUGACAGCACGUAUGCCCGGAGGCAUGAUACCUGCAACAUGACUGUGAUCUUGGUGCCUUGCUCCAUCGCUGCGUUGCUCUUGACGAACGACUAUUCGCCCUUGGAGGUCCUGUGGACUUUCUCUGAAUUCAUAGAAGGCUUUGCAAUGGUACCUCAAUAUAUUUUCUGCUAUAGAGAGCGCGUGAACAAAGAUGUGGGCACAAGCCUUUACGUGGUCAUGCUUGGGGGCUACCGUGUAUUCUAUGCGCUCAACUGGAUCUACAAGAAGAUCAACAUGCCGCGCUACUCCGAUAUCCAGAGUUGGAUUGGCGGCCUUGUCGAGAUCAUGUUCUUUCUAGACUUCCUGAACUAUAGGUUCACUGGCAAUAGCAUUUUGCGUUCUUUCGUUCUCAAAGUGGACACGAAAAUCAACGAGAUCAGCGACCAGGUGGAAUCUAAAGUUCUAGGCUCAGCUCCUCGGACAGAGAGGCUUGAAACCGAAGGCGGUGAGAUGCGAAGGCGAAGGAAGCAAGAGGAGGAACGGCCCAUGGAGGACGUGUGAUGCAGCACGGCCUCUCUGAGUCCACUGUAGCAAUCGUACAUUGAAAGAAUUGACGACCCAAGAGCUAGAUGCCCAAAGACCUUGGUUCGGAACUGGUUAAAGCACAAGCCUUGAGCUGUGAUAAAUUUGAAAGUUGCACUUUGGGUAGGGUUUCCUAAAACCUGCUUGCCAUCAGCUUAGUUGGAACAGCCCAAAUCCCGGAACUUGACCAAACAGCUGGAGGGCGAGGAUGGGCGAUGCGACCGCAUUUUGCUUACGGUAGAGUUAAAAACUGCGACUUCAUGAUUGUAAUUAUCCCGUGUUACAAAGUUCUGCAUGCGACAGUGCCACUUGUAGGAACCUCUCAAAACAAAUUCAAAACAUGCCUCAAUGAUCGGCGAAACCCUUGCAUUGGAGCCUGUGCAGGCUCUUAUUGCAGCCUUCACUAGCAUGGAAUCCCGCGGCACCUCCCUCAGAUUGAGAAUUUUGUUGUGUUUCUGCUUAAAAACCUGUCAGAACCUUCGAGAUACCAAACUCCAUCCUUAUAAACCCGGAAUCCUUUGGCGGCCUUGGGGAAGCCAGCGCAUUCAUUUAAAACCCUUAUUUGCCAGAGCAUGAAUUCUAG